CGUUCCAAAUUCACUGGAACUGUGGAACAUAAAACCCUUCCCUUCCCUCUCCAAUAUCCAUUUACCUCUACAACACAGCCGCACCGUUUUCCUUCUCUAUGGCGGCGUAAAACGCAGAGGAAAAUUUAAUAUUGCUGUGAAUUAAGAUGCCUACUUUUACGGCUAUUGCCUUGGAGAAUUUGCUGGAACCUCGAGUCCGAGAUUCCUGCAAAAAGCCCCUUAAGCCUAACCAGGGAGCGUCGAACGAUGAUAACGAAGCAACUGAACGAAGAGAAGACUCGAGCGCGAACCCGAGAGUUGGAGGCUCCAGGCACAUCUAUAUAUCUCCGGCUCUCUACGUGACGCCGGAACCGGCUUCGAUUCCGGGAAAUUCUUCCCCGAAUCCGUCCUCGCCUUCGCCGUAUGUCGUCAACCACAAGAGACGCGGUGGCGUUGAGAAUGGUAGUCGGAGGGUUGAGAAAUGUGAUGUUCAGGAUGUGAACCCCGAAAAAGACGGAAAUUAUUUGAAUUUGGAGGAGGGGGUGGUGGGCGAUUUUGUAAAUGAGAGUGAGGGUUCGAAGGUGGACAACGAUGGUGAAUAUGAUGAUGAGGGAAUUUCCGAUCCGAGGAGUGACCGGUUGAGCGUUGGGAGUUUUGACGAGGUUAGUGAUUUUGAAGGAAGGCAAAUCGAGAGCCGGAGCUUUGGAUCUGCUCAAGCGGAAUUUUUCGAUGCAAAUGAUGAAUUCUCCUGCAGUUCUUCAAGCGGGUCUUCACAUGGUCUUAGAAUUGCAGCAGACUUGCAUGCCACACGGCUCAGUCUUCUUGAGGAAAUCGAAAGGCGAAAGACUGCAGAGGAAAAUCUGAAGUUGAUGUGCUAUCAGUGGGAAAGAAUCAGUAAUCUUAUAUCUCAGGCAGGGUUAACAUUUCCUGCCCCUCCAACUGUUAGUGAUAGUAUGCAGCUCGGGGACAAUUCUAUGUAUCAGUUCUCCCAAGAAGUUGUCAUUGCUAGGUUUGUGGCUGAAGCAGUAGGUAGAGGUCAGGCACGUGCUGAAGCUGAACUUGCUGCUAAUGCAAUCCUAGAAUCGAAAGAUCAGGAGAUCUCACGAUUACAAGACAAACUGCUGUAUUAUGAGACAGUGAAUCAUGAGAUGUCCCAGAGAAAUCUUGUUGAAGUUGCACGGAGGCAACAACAAAGGAAAAGAAGUCCUCGUAGGUGGUUGUGGAGUUGUUUGGGACUGUCCAUUGCAGUUGGGGCUUCAGUGAUUGCUUAUUCAUACAUUCCAGAUACAAGUAAAUAUCAGCCACUGCUGAACUCUGGGGCUUCAGUUGAUGCUUCUCACAUCAGCACAUCCUCAGAAACCCCUUAGAAAGUAGUCCAUGGCAGUUCUCUUUGCUGUUUGCUCUACUUUAUGUUCUAUUUUGUGUUUUGCUUAGAGCUUAGGUGAUUAAAUCCAGCGGAAGUUAACAGUUGAUCUCAGUGAUUUGCUAGUAUAAUGAUAGUUAUUAUUUUUAUUUUUUAUUUUUAAAUUCGCUCCAUGCAAAUAUUUUGGGUGGGGAAUGUUUGAUGAUGUUCUUGAAAAGGGCACAGGGAGCUUUGCAUUAUUUAUC